CUUGCUUUUCGGCAGGCUGUUGGUCUGGAUCUCUCUCACUCCUCCAUCUUCAACUUGGGACUUCGCUUGACAGCAGAGGGUCCUCUAUUUGGCUUCCCCACCUUCACCCCCCAUUCUAUCCCCCCCAUCGUGUAUUCUGUACUACACAGUACCUCUUAGGAUCAUCCCCCCGUCUCUCCAGUUGAUGGAGCUCAACCCUUACCGUUGGAAGUGCCUCAUGUCCCACCACGCCUCGCCCCUCGCUCGCCGAUCUCCAAUCGCUCUGCGCCCUGCGCCCCGAUGAAUUGUCCCUGACCACGCUGAGCCCUACUAGGCUGGCUGACACUGCAUACCCGAUAACCUUGCGUUUUGGAUUGCCUUUUUUAAAUCAUCGUCAUCAUUACUCUCAUUCUUAUCGCAGCAGUCAUUCCUCGGUGUCGAAAGCGCCCCCGUGCAUGGUGCUGUUGAACCGUCUACUAUCUACGGAGUACUAGCUGCAAAGUUAUCGCCUUGAGGAGUGGAACCCACUGAGAUAAGGAAUUGGGGGACAUUUCCCAAUUUUUUGGGCCGAUCAUCGUGCAUGCAGCAUCUGCGGCCCCGAGGCCCUCGUUCCAGAUCACAAUGCAGCCUUCACCGUCAACUCCGCAUCAGACCGCUCCCAGCCCGACCAAACCCUCCCGACACAGUAGUCGACGUGCCGGUGACUCCCAGUCAGCAAUCACGCGUGGCUACGACACUCCUGGCUCGGAUCGGAAGCAGGACGAUGGCGCAGGAAGCAGAUCAGGUACCACGGUUAAAUCUGCCAAACGGAAAAAACCCCGUCAUCGAAAGCGUCGUCAUCGCCGUCAGUCCUUUCUCGGCGGCGCUGAGGAUCCUCAUCCCGCCGCUCCUCAUGCCUCGAUCCCCGACGCAGGUGAGGAUAUCAGCAUGAUGGCAGAUCAGACCAAGACUCAAGCUCCGCUGCCGUUCUAUAAACUGGGUAGUAGGGAUCUCAGUAGCACUAGUCUGGAGAGUGAGGCUUUGUUGGAUCAUCGCCAUCAACCGUCGAUGAGACCACGGAGAGAUAGUCGUCUGGCCCAAUCUUACCGUCCGGGUUCCUCCACCACCCCUUUUCGUCCCAUCGAGUCGGGUUCCCAGACCCUGCCGUCUGCGCACAGAUCGUAUCGAGUGGAUAAUGAUAGUGGUGGAGAGGACGAAGAAGUCAACGAUCGGACUCCGUUGAUGCCGCCGCCCUCUGGCCAUAGUCCUAGCUUGCCUCGCUACGGGACCGACUUUCGGUCAAGCCCGCUGUCGUUCCACCAGCGACGACCUGCUUCCAGUCGUUCGAGUUCUUCUCGGUGCUCGCCUCGUGCCAUACCGAGUCCCAAGUUUGCCGAGCAACAAGAUCGUGAUUAUGACAUCAACAAUCCCCCGUCAAUGCCAACGUCGCCCAAGCUCGGGCCGGAGAUGAACUAUGACGAUGCAGUGGUCACUGGGGCUGAGUUUGACUUUUCGCUCGCCAAGUCGAUUGACAAUCGGAUGGAACAACUGGCUCGCUCCCAUGAUGUGUUGAUCGACGUCGAUGGAACCAAUAAUCGUCCUGCGCAGUCACCCGGGUCGUCGCCGACGUCGCCGCAGAUCAUGCCUCAGGAGCGUCUCCGUCGUCGCACGACCUUCCCAGCUGAAGAAGAUGUCUGCUUCCCAACGGAAGAGGUCUCGGAAAUCGCCGAAGAAGACGCACAGAGGGCGGCCAAAGAAGGUCAUCGCCGACGGCGACGGCUCAGGGAAUGGCCAGAUCUAUCCGUUUUGGAAGAUUGGAGCCGCCAGGAGAAGGAGGAGCGUUCAGGUGCCUACCGCGCGAAGAAAAUCAGCGAGCCUAUGCUUGUCGAGGGUCGCCUGCGUCCACAGUACCGACUCUGGCGGCGCGAAGAGGAGGAAGCUCCCUACCGAUUUACGUACUUCAACGAAGAAUUCCAGAGUACUAUCCACGCCCAGACAAUCUCGGAACUAUGCCAGCCUGGUGGUAGUUUCCGCGAGCUUUUCAUCCCUGAUCCGCCAGAGUUAGAUGUUUCAUCUGAUGAAGACGAGUUGGAGUCUGAGCAUCCUCAAAGGGAGGGCACAACGGACCACAAUAAUCAUAGCCGUCAGCCCAGCGGAAACGUAUCCCGGGUCAUGUCGCCGAACGGUAACAGUCACGGCGCGAAUGGAAAUGGUAUCCAUAAUCACAACAAUCACCAGGGCGUCUACGGGAAUCAACGGCCCCAGCCUCGGACGUCAAUCAUCAGUGAGGCCGUCACCGAGGCACGUACAUCUGCCGAAGCAUCGCCUAUGCGCAAACCAGCUCAACCGAAGCCCAAGCGUUAUGGGCCUCGGCCGACAUUCUGGCUUGAUGUUCUUUGCCCUACCGACGCAGAGAUGCGAGUGCUUGCCAAAUCCUUUGGUAUCCAUGCCCUGACGACCGAGGACAUCAUGAUGCAAGAGGCGCGCGAGAAAGUCGAGCUGUUCCGGAACUAUUACUUUGUCAACUACCGCACCUUUGAGCAAGACCCCAACAGCGAAAACUAUCUCGAGCCCGUGAACAUGUAUGUUGUGGUGUUUCGGGAAGGUGUGCUGUCCUUCCACUUCUCGCAGACGCCACAUCCGGCGAAUGUGCGCCGACGAAUCCGCCAGCUGAUGGAUUACCUUAUUCUCAGCUCCGACUGGAUCUCGUAUGCUCUUAUUGAUGACAUCACGGACGUGUUUGGCCCCUUAAUUCAGGCCAUUGAGGACGAAGUCGACGAGAUCGACGAGAAGAUCAUGCAGAUGCAUGCAGAUGAGCGAGGGAUGGGGACCAACAAGGAAGAGGAUAAUCAGAGCGUGACCACGUCUCUGGCCCCCGGUGAGAUGUUGCGGCGCGUGGGCGUGUGCCGCAAGAAGGUGAUGGGGAUGUACCGCCUGUUGAGCAACAAGGCAGACGUUGUCAAGGGCUUUGCCAAACGAUGCAACGAGCAAUGGGAAGUGGCGCCCAAGUCGGAGAUUGGUCUCUACCUGGGCGAUAUCCAAGACCUUAUUAUGACCAUGACCAGCAGUUUGACGUACUACGAAACGCUUCUGUCGCGUGCGCAUUCCAACUACCUGGCGCAGAUCAACAUCCUGAUGAACGAGCGGCAGGAACAGACGGCCGAUGUGUUGGGCAAGUUGACGGUGCUGGGAACGAUUGUCCUGCCGCUGAAUAUUAUCUGUGGUAUGUGGGGGAUGAACGUCAAGGUGCCGGGUCAGGAUGUGGAUAGUUUGUCGUGGUUUUGGUCGAUUACGGCGGGGCUGGUUCUCUUCGCCAUUGCGUCGUUCUACAUUGCGAAACGAGUCUACAAGAUUGUCUAGUCUAGUCUAGUAGUCUAGAAAGAUGGUCCGAGUUGUCGUGAAGAGAAGGAGGUUGACACACCGAAUGUGGUGCCAGGCAGCUCUGGUUUGUUGGGUUAAUUUUUUCACAUUUUCCUAUUUACUUUGCUCUUUGGGUUAUCACACCGGGGUUGCAUUGGGAGGUCUGGCGUGAUCAGAGUUUAUUUGCAAUACCUUGGGUCUGGCUACUGCUUCAUUUCCUUCCAUCUAUCUGAGGUGUAUAUUAUGGCUAGGAUAAUAGAGGGUGGUAUAUAGCAUGUGAAAGGGGGAAUGCAACCCCCUUCCCCUUGAAAUUUCAUGAUAUUUGGUAAAACAAAAAGCUUAAACAGAGUUUCUGGGAAUUAGCACAAACCUGCUGGGAAGAAGUUCGUUCCGCGUCUCGAAUGGGUUUCUCCGGGAUGAGAGUGAGAUGAAGUCAUGAUGAUUUCCCCGGUCGGAGGGAUGUUCCGUAUCUGUUCCCGUAUUGUCCCGUAUGGUCGGGAAUUGGGGGAGGGUGUUGCCGCUGGUAAAGUUACCAGACUGCGAUGUCACAGCAGGUAUUGAUU